CCAGAGUCCCCGCCUGCAGUUUAAACGGGGAAAAAAUGGCGGGGGCUUUUGAGCCAGUGAUCCGCACCCCGCGGCUGGACGAAGCGUUAGCAGCGAGCACAAACAGCCAGGCCUCGGUCCCCACCGCUCCCCGAGAGGAUUUCCGAGUGCGCUGCACCUCGAAGCGGGCCAUGACGGAAAUCCUAGCACUGUGCCGCCGCUUCGUGCAAAACCUCGGGGACGCGUUGCCGGAGGAGAUUCGGGAGGCCGCGCUGCGGGACGUGCAGUGGACUUUUGAAAGAGCUGUGCAAGAGAAUGUGAGCAUUAAUGGGCAAGCUUGGCAGGAAGCUUCAGAUAACAGUUUGAUGGAUUCUGACAUCAAAGUACUUGAAGAUCAAUUUGAUGAAAUCAUAGUAGAUAUAGCGACAAAACGUAAGCAGUAUCCCAGAAAGAUCCUUGAGUGUGUUAUCAAAACCCUAAAAGCACAACACGAAAUUCUGAAGCAGUACCGCCCUGUUGUACAUCCAUUGGACUUAACAUGUGACCCUGAUCCAGCUUCUUGUAUGGAAAAUUUGAAAUGCAGAGGAGAAACCAUAGCUGAGGAGAUCAGUGAAGCCAUGAAGACUUUGCCAGUAUUGAUUGAACAAGCUGAUGGAUUUUCCCAAGUUUUAAGGAUGCAGCCUAUUAUCCAGCUCCAGAGGAUACACCAGGAAGUCUUUUCCAGUGGUGAUGGGAAACCAGAUGCUACACCGGAGAGCUCCAUAACACAGAUAGAAACCACACCCACAGAGACUGCUCCCAGGCCAGCCUCUGACGUGGUGCUGAAAAGAAGGCGGCCAUCAGACUGCCCCCAGAGAAGGCGGUACCCACUGCGGCCCAAGAGGAUUAACCUGCACACAUAAGCCUCCUUGCUCAUUUGGAGAGCUGAAAAUAGGAUCUGUCAGCAUUUACGUUACAGCCUAAAUACCUAGACAGGGCUUCAUUUAAAACAUUUAAAUAACUCAUAAAAAUACAGUAACUCUGUGCUAGGGUAUGAUGUAAUAUAUUUUUUUUUCCUCAUCAUUUGAUCUGCAAUAGAUGAGUAGUAUUUUUUAAUUAACAUUUUAAAAAAUAUUGGCACGAAGCCCAUCAUUGGACAUUAAAUGCGAAUUGUUACUGUCCUUAAAUGCCAUCAACUCUUGGCUGCUCUGCAGCUUUUGUGAAAUUCCAUGAGAAGAGUAUUCUGCUGGAUUUCCUGAUAGACAUCUUUCUUUCUGUAAAGAGGGGAGGCUGCAUAAUAGUUAUUUAGUGCUGAAAACUAAUCAGUUCUAUACAACAGCAAAUGCUUUUUUUUAGAUGCAGCUGUUUUGUUUGUUUAUGGUGCUGGGUUUUGAACCCAGGGUCUUGGGCAUGUCAGGCAUGACCUCUACCACUGAGCUACAUAAGCUCCCAUCCCUAGGUGCAGUUUAUCAAACUAAUACACAGAUGCCAAGGCUGGCUUUGGCUUUGUUAUUCUAAAUUCAGCUAAUUUGCAUUUGUGGGGUUAAUUUUAAUUUGGAGUAUUUUUGUUUUUUGGUAAGACAAGACAACUAUUAUUUGUACAAGAUUUUUUUUUUAAGAAUUACUCUGAAACGUAGGUGCGUAGUCAGUGUCUCUUGCCUACACUUGUUUUUCAUGGACCUUUUAACAUAAGCUGACAUGGAGCUAGUAAUUUCUUUCUAGGAGUCUUUCAUUUCUUUCUAGGUAGGUCCUUCCACUUGAAAGUAUUUAUCAGGUUGAUACACAGCAGACUGUCAUUGUGCAACAAAUGCAAUCAUUCUGGACUGUUUCAUGUUUAAGGAUGUUUAUAUAUCAAAUGUAUAAUCAUUGAUAAAGGCCCCCAAAAGCUGUAUUACCUACACUUUGGACCUUUAGCUACAGAUUCUGAUAGUCACAUUGUGUUACACUGUACAGUGUAGGCAAGACACCUGAUUUACCAGUUGUUUCCCCUUUUGAUGCCUAUAAUGCCUCAUCCAUUUUCAGAAGAAUUUGCUAAUCAUGACUAAAAAUGUGUCCAUCUCUGGCUUAUUAUGUCUGAAGAAUCAUGUAUGUCUGUAUUUGUCUACUCAGUCUCACUGAAGAAAACUUGCCAUGCCACUUUAUUACCCUCUUGCAUUUUAUAUUUUAAUGUUACAUUUCAGAUUUGUAUAUUUGUAUAUAGUACUGUUCUUUUUUGUAUUAAAAUAAUGUACAGAGACUAAAAUCUUGGAACUGUG